AUUUGGGGGUGCAAGACUUGUUUCUGUCCUCAUCCACACCAUUCACGGUUUCAACAUUUUGUCCUCUACUGCACCACACCACACCAUGCCUCGUUCCCUCUCAAUUUCAAAUGUUUGAAUUAAUACCACCGUAAAACGCAUACCCCCGAACGCUGCUUAUCGAUUUAAUCAGGACGGCGACGCCAUCGCCAUGCCACCGCCGUGGUUCGUAUCCGUGUCCGCACACACCACCUCCCGCCGCCGCCUCUCCACGAGCUUCGUGGAGCGGAGCCGCCCUGUCUCGUCGUCGGAGAAGCCAAUGGCGCGGAUAUCCCUUCAGGGACGGCUUCUCUACGCCCACGAAGCCAGCGCGGCUCGCACCGUCGGCGGCGGCUUAAGCGCCGAGCAAGCCAUCGCUUGGAACCUCUUUCCUCCCGUCCACCGCUUUCUCAUUGUCGCCGUCAUUGGGGCCGCUGUCGCACGCUCCCGGAAAGACCUUCAGAUUUGUCACCUCAAGAAGUGUGUUGAACUCAGGGAUAAGGUGCUAUCGAGCAUGCAGCAGAAGCUGGCCAGUCUUUGCGAGAUGGUUAACAAUUCUAAAGAGCAAUCGACUAAUGAGGCUUCUGAGAAGGACGGGGAAUUGCGAUCGAGUGAAGCUUUUGGUACUGAGAAAAUUAAGUUUGUUGAUUGUGGUUGUUGGCAUUGUGAACAGCACUCUGCAUACUUUGGUGAAUUAAUGUGUGCCUCUGUUGGAAGAAGCUCUGAUGCAAGUGAGGAGCUACAGUAUAAGACUCCCUUCUCUAAUGAAGAUCAAGAGGAGCGAAGGAUGUCUGACAUGUCAGAUUGGGCUUCCAGUGUUACAUCUUCUGCUGAUAUCCAGUUAAACAACUUGGCUGUAGGACAAGAUACUUAGAAUCUUAGGAGGGGCUGUGAAGAGAAGGAUGCUACAAUAAAGGAGCUAACCACCCUGUUGAACUCAACCGAGGUUGCUAAUUGUAAGAGAAUUACUGAAUUAGAAGACAUUAUACGGAGGAAGAGUAUAACAAUUUUAAAACUAAAGAAGGACUUGGUGGUUCUAGAACAAAAGGUUGUGCAACUUACAAGACUUCGUCGACCCUCUUUCUGUGCUAGUAGCUCAGAUGACAGUCAGCUGCCGCUUAUGAUAGAUAACGUUAUUUAUGAUAUGGAGAGCGCCACUAGUCCCUCUUCUUCUGAUUCAGAUAGCUCUUCUGU